GGAGGGAGGAGGGAGGCCCAAAUCUUGUUGCCGGAGGGAGCCAGGAGGAAUCACUCUUUGAGAUUUGAAAGCUCGUGUUUUGAAAGCCGGAGUCGAAAGCUGGUGUUUCCCAAUUUGCCUUCCCCAUGGAUGAACUGCAGCGGGCCGUGCGCAGAUCCCUAGAGGAUCUGAAGAUCAAGUGGAUCACUUCCACCAAGUCAUGGAACAAGACCCAUUUGUGGUGUGCAGCUGUCAUCGUCCUCCAAUUCUUUCUGUGGAUCACUAUGCUCCUUUCGGAUCAACCGCGGGCAGUUUUGGAGCCACAAUGUGACCGAGCCCAACUGCUGGCCGAGGUGGAUUCUCUGAAGGAACAACUGGGAAACAUGACAAAGGAGAUGGAGAAAGGGAAAAUGGAGAGCGACAGGGAACUGGCUGCUACAAACCGGAUCCUCAGGAAGACCAAGAUGGCUUUGGAGAAAGCAACGAAGGGCAGCAAUGAUCUGCUGACCCAACUGGCGGCUGCCAACCAGAGCCUGGGUGAGACGCAAGAGCGCUGGAAGUCCUGCCAAGCUCAACUGGUAAAAAUAAGGGAUCUUCGAAGCUGGAAGGGGCUCCUAUAAUAAUAAUAAUAAUAAUAACAACAGUAAUUUAUUAUUUAUCUGGGACGCAGGUGGUGCUGUGGGUUAAACCACAGAGCCUAGGGCUUGCCGAUCAGAAGGUCAGCGGUUCGAAUCCCUGCAAUGACGGGGUGAGCUUCCGUUGCUCGGUCCCUGCUCCUGCCAACCUAGCAGUUCGAAAGCAUGCCAGUGCAAGUAGAUAAAUAGGUACCGCUGCAGUGGGAAGGGAAACGGCGUUUCCGUGCGCUGCUCUGGUUCGCCAGUAGCGGCUUAGUCCUGUUGGCCACAUGACCCGGAAGUUGUACGCCGGCUCCCUCGGCCAGUAAAACGAGAUGAGUGCUGCAACCCCAGAGUCGGCCAUGACUGGACCUAAUGGUUAGGGGUCCCUUUACCUUUAUUAUUUAUACCCCACCCACCUGGCUGGGCUUCCCCAGCCAUUCUGGGCAGCUCCCAACAGAAUAUUAAAAACACGAUAAAACAUCAAAAAUUAAAAGCUUCCCUAAACAGCGCUGCCUUUGCAUGUCUUCUAAAAGUCAGUUAGUUGUUUAUCUCCUUGACAUCUGGUGGAAGGGAGUUCCACAGGGUGGGUGCCACCACCGAGAAGGCCCUCUGCCUGGUUCCCUGUAACCUCACUUCUCGCAGGGAGGGAGCUGCCAGAAGGCCCUCAGGAGAUGGACCCCCGGUGUCCGGGGUGGAGAUGCUCCUUCAGGUCUACUGGGCCAUUGAGGGCUUUCCAGGUCAGCACCAACCCUUUGAAUUGUGCUUGGAAAUGUCCUGGGAGCCAAUGUAGGUCUUUCAGGACCGGGGUUAUAUUGUUGACGUGAACCAGAAAUCCCCUCCGGGCGCAAUUUUCAAGGUAUUUUUUUUCUCCUGCUAUAGGACAGCACAAAAGGAAAAACCGCGUCUCUGGAGAAGGAAAGGAACAAUCUGCAGCAGGAGAAGCAGAAGCUCCAAGGUGAGAAACCAGCAGAGAUGGCGUCGUGACGACGGCUGAGCACCACGAUGCUUUGGGUUGUCCCUGCCCCAUAAUAAGUCCAGCUUCCUCCCACCCACUGAAUGGGCCAAUCCGAUGCUUCACUGUGAAGCCCACCCUAAGAGUGUGAAGGCAAAGGUGUGCAAAGGAAGCCGUGUUUCCGCCAGGCAAAACCAGAGGUUUCUACACCUGUCACUGACUUACUUUAAAAUAAUAAUAAUAAAAAUUUAUACGAUGCUAAUUCAUAAAGAAAAUAACAUCUAUCUUUCUUUCUUUCUCUUUCUUUCUUUCCUUUUUUCUUAAUUUCUUUUUUCUCUACCUCCCUCUCUUCUCUUUCUCUCUCUCUCUCUCUCUCUCUCUCUCUUUCUCUUUCUCUUUUCUCUCUCUCCCCCUAUCCCCUCUUUCUUUCUUUCUUUCUUUCUUUCUUUCUUUCUCUUCCUUCCUUCCUCUCUUUUUUCUCUCUCUCACCCUCUCUUUCUCUUUUCUUUCUUUCUUUCUUUCUUUCUUUCUUUCUUUCUUUCUUUCUUUCUCUUACCUCUCUUUCUCCCCCCUCUCUUUUCUUUCUUUCUUUCUUUCUUUCUUUCUUUCUUUCUUUCUUUCUAUCUCUCUCUCUUCCUUCCUUCCUUCCUUCCUUCCUUCUUUUCUCUCUCUCCCCCUCUCUUUCUCUUUUCUUUCUUUCUUUCUUUCUUUCUUUCUUUCUUUCCCUCCUCCCUCCCCCUCCCUUUCUUCCUCUUUCUCUAUAUACAUUAGAUGACAUGGAAUCAGCUAACUAUCGUGGGGGGGGACAUGUUCUUCAUGGGCUUCACCCUGAAGAACACGUUUGGCUCCUUUGCAAAUGGCGGACGGUCUGGAAAUUUUGAUAAAUAAACCCCUUUUUGCAAUGGGGUGGCGUUGAACAAUUUCAUUUGCAGCUGCGCUCCCUUGGGCCUCAGGUGUUCUGGGCUUUGUUAGUUCAUACAAGGCCCUUGAGGCAAAAGCAGUGUGUGAAUCGUGGAAUUGUAGAGUACGAAUGGGCACCCCAGUGGUCAUCUAGCCCAACCUGUUGCAAUGCAGGGAUCUUGGCCAAAGGAGCCGCGGCCGAUGGCCUGGGGAGAUUUCUGGGGGCCAGACAGAGAGUCCAUGGAGGCCGCAUUUCUCCCACAGGCCUGGUAUCCCCCAUUCCUGGCCAUGCGGGGAGAGAGAGUGAGAUUUCCAAAAGUCAUCUGUCGAGGUGGAAUAGGUGGGAAAUCUGAAAGACGUUUGCUUUCUUUUCCAAAGGGAAAAUUGACGGCCUUGUGCAGCAGCUGUCCAGUCGAGAAAGAGAGUUGGAGAGCUGGAGGAAUAACCAGCAAUGGUAAGAGCGUCUAGGGUGAGUUCAUAUUUGUUUUUGCAUUUCCUGCUGGGUGGGUCGAAGUUUCGUACAAUCCCCCAGGGCCGGAUUUAGGUUUGAUGAGGCCCUCAGCUCCUGAAGGUAAUGGGGCCCUUUCUAUGUCCAGCUGUCCUUUGUCCACAACAAAUUGUAGCUGUUUUUGUGUGUUGAAUGUAUGCUAUAUGGUAAUUUACGGACCUCAUAGGUAUCUCAAGACAUUAGCCCAUGUUGCUCUGCAACUAGUCCAUGCAGAAUGUAGGCACCCUAUAUAUAGGUAAAGGGACCCCUGACCAUUAGGUCCAGUCGUGGCCGACUCCGGGGUUGCGGCGCUCAUCUCGCUUUAUUGGCCGAGGGAGCCGGCGUACAGCUUCCGAGUCAUAUGGCCAGCAGGACUAAGCCGCUUCUGGCGAACCAGAGCAGCACACGGAAACACCGUUGACCUUCCCGCCGGAGCGGUACCUAUUUAUCUACUUGCACUUUGAUGUGCUUUCGAACUGCUAGGUGGGCAGGAGACCCUAUAUAUAGAAAGGAGCAAAACAGUGAUAUUUGAGGGAGCAGGCUAGCAGGCGGGGCCCAUGACUUACAUCACAGGAGCCUACACAACACAAAACACUGCUGCUAUAUGUAGGUUCCAUUUUAUACGUUUUUUAUCUUAUAUUUUGGAAAUGGACAUCCAGGUUUUUUUCCCUUUAAUUUUUUUGGGGGGCCCCCAAUCCAGCACUGAAUCCAGCAGCCCAAAACCCUAAAAAGAGUACAGUGUUCCCUUGGUUCUCAAACAACUUGGAACCCAAACACUGCAAACCCGGAAGGAAGUGUUCCAGGUUGCGAACUUUUUUCGGAAGCCGAACGUGCUCCGUUUCGAGUGCCACGCUUCUGAUUUGAGUGUUAUGCUGAGGUCUGUCUGUUUAUUUGCUAUUUAUUUUGUGUUUUUGUUUUCAUGUGGAACUGACAGAUUGAUUGUGUGACUGCAGUGCAUUGCUUAUUGCUUUCAUUUUAUGGAUCGGUGGUCUCGUUAGAUAGUAAAAAUCCAUGUUAAAUUGCUGUUUUGGGGGUUGUUUUUAAAAGUCUGGAACGGAUUAAUCCGUUUUGCAUGGCCGUCUAUGGGAAAGCGCGCCUCAGUUUUGGAACGCUUUGGUUUUGGAAUGGACUUCCGGAACGGAUUAAGUGUGGCAACCAAGGUACUACUGACUUGAUGCCUCGCAAGGUUGUUAAAAUGUAUUUUAAAAAGAUCCAAAUUAUGCAGGAAUUGUGUCAAGGGGCAAAGGGAACAUUAAUGCACAUGUGGUGGCCAUGGAAACAAGCCAAAAAUUAUUGGGAAAUUAUCUAUCAACCAACCAAUAACAGAAAUUGAUACUUAUUUAUUAUACCAUCUAUACAUCGUUUUCAUAUACUUUUCUUUCAGCAGAGAACAGUCAGUAAAUUUCAAAUCUACCUUCCACAGCUUUCCCCAGUCCUCAAAUUGUAUAUUGUGUCCUAUAAGGAGGACCCGAUUCAAUGGACCGCAUUCUCUUAGAUUUCCCUUUGCACAGCAGACCUCGCCAACUGAUGCUGAGCAAAAUGUCGGACCUCCGGCCCAUAACUCGGAGGAGAAGCCAAAAGAGGUUUCUGUUGGCAGACCGGGGCAAAGAUAUCACUGCCUUAGUAGCUUCCUUUUUAGCCGCAAUUCUACCCAAAAGGGUUAUCCUUUUGGAAAAUAGACAGGGUGUAGCAGGACAUCCAAAUGCACACGACCAUGUUGUUGUUGUUGAGUCGUUUAGUCGUGUCCACCACUUCGUGACCCCCUGGACCAGAGCACGCCAGGCCCUCCUGUCUUCCACUGCCUCCCGCAGUUUGGUCAAACUCAUGUUGGCACCUUCAAGAACACUGUUCCACCAUCUCGUCCUCUGUCGUCCCCUUCUCAUUGUGCCCUCCAUCUUUCCCAACAUCAAGGUCUUUUCCAGGGAGUCUUCUCUUCUCCUGAGCUGGCCAAAGUCUUGGAGCCUCAGCUUCAGGAUCUGUCCUUCCAGUGAGCACUCAGGGCUGAUUUCCCUCAGAAUGGAGAGGUCUGAUCAUCUUACACGCGGCCGUAGUGUGUCCUUAUAACCCUUGAUAGCUUCACCCUCGUCCCUUUAAUGAUCCCAGUGACUUGAAAUGUUUUAUACUGUGAUGCCAGUAAAGGUUCUUGAUUUGAUUUGGGACUGCAUCGCCCCGGAGGUAGCCCGAUUGACCCAAUAUUUCCCCAACCGCUUUGUCUUUCCAGGGUUCAAAACCAGAUGCGAGAGGAACGGCAGAAUUACCAGCAGCAGAAUGUCGCCUUUGAUAUAACCAAGAGCCCCUGGCUGAUGGCUGUUGUGUUUUUCUUCCUCCUCCUAGUCUGUGUUGUCCACCUAUGCCAGUGAAGUGAAGUUGCUAUGGCAGAUAUGAACAUUAAAAAAAAAGCAACUUCUUUGGGAAAAGAAGCAUUAUCCAGAUCCCUCCCCCCCAAAAAAACUUUAACUCAUCAUAUAUCAUUCCCCAGAAAGCCUUCACCUCUUUACAAGGCCACCAUGCGUGGUAGAAUAAACCUUCCCUUUCUUUACAUUUCCAACACUCAUUGGUUCUUGUCUUGUACAUUUUAGCAAGCUUAGCUAGACAGCAUCUUAAAAAGCAGAGACAUCACCUUGCCAACAAAGGUCCGUAUAGUAAAAGCCAUGGUUUUCCCAGUAGUGAUGUAUGGAAGAUCGCCGAAGAAUUGAUGCUUUUGAAUUCUGGUGCUGGAGGAGACUCUUGAGAGUCCCAUGGACUGCAAGAAGAUCCAACCUCUCCAUUCAGAAGGAAAUCAGCCCUGAAUGCUCACUGGAAGGACAGAUCCUGAAGCUGAGGCUCCAAGACUUUGGCCACCUCAGGAGAAGAGAAGACUCCCUGGGAAAGACCCUGAUGUUGGGAAAGAUGGAGGGCACCAGGAGAAGGGGACGACAGAGGACGAGAUGGUGGGACAGUGUUCUUGAAGCUACCAACAUGAGUUUGACCAAACUGCAGGAUGCAGUGGAAGACAGGAGUACCUGGCGUGCUCUGGUCCAGGGGGUCACGAAGAGGCAGACACGACUAAACAACAGCUGGUGUUAAAUACCAUCUGUGCAUCAUUUUCAGGCUAGGACUUAAUACGUUGGCGAUCUGUCGAUUUGAACGACGGCGGGCAUCUCUGCCUCUCUGGCUCCUCAAACCAGGAGUACCACGGCCAAUGUGAGCAGAGAUGUCAGGUCACCAUAGAGAUGGAUUCCACUGCUGGCUGGCAGCCUCCUUUGCUGCUGCCGAAGAUGGGCGAUGAUUUCUUCCUGGUGUUUGCUGUGAUGGAGAAAGGCAGAAAGCAAGAAAUCAGCUCAUGGAGAAAGCGCUGCCCCAAGGCCAUUCCAAACAGUGUGUCAAAUCAGUGCAUCGACUGCGUUGCACGAUACGUGCCCGAUUCUCUCACAAGGGGUCCGUCUAACCUACGGUUCGCUAGUACAGGGGUACCUUGGUUCUCAAACGCCUUGGUACUCUAAUGCCUUGGUUUCCAAACACCGAAAACCCGGAAGUAAGUGUCUUCCAGUUUGCAAACAUUUCUUAGAAGCCGGACGUCCGACGCGGCUGUCGGCUAUUGUUUCCGGGGCGCCUGAGCCAAUCAGAAGCCGCGCCUUGGUUUUCGAACAUUUUGGGAGCCGAACGAACUCCCGGAAUGGAUCAAGUUUGGCGCUUUUGUCUUUGCUCUUUGUUUUGCGUUUUUUGUUUCUGAGGCCUUUUCAGUUCAUUUGUUUUUGUGACUGUGUGGAACCCAGUUCAGCUACUGAUUGAUUGUUUCUCCCCUGAAAAUAGGGACGUCCUAAUCUGUCCCCUCCGACGUUUCUCCCCUGAAAAUAGGGACGUCCUAUUCCAUCCCCUCCAACGUUUCUCCCCUGAAAAUAGGGACGUCCUAAUCUGUCCCCUCCAACAUUUCUCCCCUGAAAAUAGGGACAUCCUAUUCCAUCCCCUCCAACGUUUCUCCCGUGAAAAUAGGGACGUCCUAUUCCAUCCCCUCCAACGUUUCUCCCGUGGAAAUAGGGACGUCCUAUUCCAUCCCCUCCAACGUUUCUCCCUUGAAAAUAGGGACGUCCUAUUCCAUCCCCUCCAACGUUUCUCCCAUAAAAAGAGGGACGUCCUAUUCCAUCCCCUCCAACGUUUCUCCCCUGGAAAUAGGGACGUCCUAUUCCAUCCCCUCCAACGUUUCUCCCCUGGAAAUAGGGACAUCCUAUUCCAUCCCCUCCAACGUUUCUCCCCUGAAAAUGGGGACGUCCUAUUCCAUCCCCUCCAACGUUUCUCCCCUGGAAAUAGGGACGUCCUAUUCCAUCCACUCCAACGUUUCUCCCCUGGAAAUAGGGACGUCCUAUUCCAUCCCCUCCAACGUUUCUCCCCUGAAAAUGGGGACGUCCUAUUCCAUCCCCUCCAACGUUUCUCCCCUGGAAAUUGGGACAUCCUAUUCCAUCCCCUCCAACGUUUCUCCCCUGAAAAUAGGGACGUCCUAUUCCAUCCCCUCCAACGUUUCUCCCCUGAAAAUAGGGACGUCCUGUUCCAUCCCCUCCAACGUUUCUCCCCUGGAAAUAGGGACAUCCUAUUCCAUCCCCUCCAACGUUUCUCCCCUGAAAAUAGGGACGUCCUAUUCCAUCCCCUCCAACGUUUCUCCCCUGGAAAUAGGGACAUCCUAUUCCAUCCCCUCCAACGUUUCUCCCCUGAAAAUAGGGACGUCCUAUUCCAUCCCCUCCAACGUUUCUCCCCUGAAAAUAGGGACGUCCUGUUCCAUCCCCUCACCAGAACAGAACCAGGUGCCUCAUUGCUCACCAACCCACCCCCAACAGCACCUUCCUCAUAAGUCGGACGUGGGUCUCACUUACGUUACACCUUGAAGCAUCUGUGUCCAGUUUUUCAGGAGCGUGACCUCGUCUGGGAAAUGGGAAAAAGAGGGCGGUUUUCAUCCCCCCAAAACACAAAGGCCUGGGUGGCAAAACACCUGUUUUUCAUGCCAAAGGCUUCACCGUUUGAAUGGCGAUGCCCAUCAACUUUCAUAUAACUUUCAAAUAUUUUAUUGGUGUAGAGACGAGGGUGGCGCUGUGGGUUAAAAUAGAUAGAUAGAUAGAUAGAUAGAUAGAUAGAAGAUAGAUAGAUGAUACCUAGAUAGAUAGAUAGAUAGAUAGAUAGAUAGAUAGAUAGAUAGAUAGAAGAUAGCUAGAUGAUGAUAGAUAGAUAGAUGAUAGAUAGAUAGAUAGAUAGAUAGAUAGAUAGAUAGAUAGAUAUAGAUAGAUAUAGAUAGAUAGAUGAUAGAUAGAUAGAUGAUAGAUAGAUAGAUGAUAGAUAAAAAAUUUAAAAAAUGUCCAGUAGCACCUUAGAGACCAACUAAGUUUGUUCUUGGUAUAAGCUUUCGUGUGCAUGCACACUUCUUCAGAUUGAUAGAUAGAUAGAUAGGUAGAUAGACAGACAGACAGACAGACAGAAAUAGAUAGAUGAUUGAUAGAUGAUAGAUAGAUGAUAGAUAUAGUGUGAUGGGAUUAUGAGCUGCUUGUGCGUAAAAUCGUAUUCCCUCAGAGUUUGUUCAAGUCCACAAACCUCUGUCUGUGACUGAGCCCCUCUGACAUGGCUCCUCUUAGUCACUAGAAGAUUCCGACAGUGGUUGCUUUCGUAAUCGCUUCCAACAUAAAAGCUCCUUAACGGAAACACGUCUUCUGGAC